AUGCCUAAAGCUUUACCAUCUCUACGCACAGUGCAGAGAUUUUCUCAAAGAAGGUUUUCUGUGAGAGAAGGGGAAUUCCAAUUUACAAAAUUAAAAACAUUUUUAGACAUAAGAAAUUAUCCUAAAAAAAUAUGGAUAUGUGAGGAUCAAACGUCAAUAGACAGUAAAGUUAAAUAUAAUCCUAGAUUAAAUCAAAUUAUAGGAUAUGUACCCCCUUUAGAUGAAAAUGCCCAAGAUGUACAAAGAAGAUGGAAAAAAAUUUCUCAAGAAGCUAGUGCACAUGGUAUCGAAGUAUUAGGCUUCUCAACAGAUGGGGAUACAAGAAUGUUGAAGACCAUGAAAAUUAGAACAGGUUUUGGAAGUAACAUAGAAAUAAUUAAGUCAGAACAAUGGUUUUUUACAAACAUCUCAGAAAAUGAUCAACUGAUGAUGCAGGAUGCUGUUCACAUAGAUCAUACUUAUGAAUUUCCACGUGAACAUCAUAAUAAGUUGGGUCACGACCAAAUAUUACAUGAGACAACAUUUCCUUCUGAACAAGUCAUAGAACGAAUAGUGAUGAAAGCAAAACAAGAUGUGAUUGAUAUUGUUGCAGGCCUAGGUAUAAUUUUGAAAACAUCGGAGUGGAUUAAACCAAUUUUGAAAAUGACGAAUGAUAGCUUUUAUGAAGAUCUUUCUGAAGGUGAAAAUGGAAUUGAGGAAGAAAUAUUGAGUAUGGAUAGAAAUGAGGAAAGUGAUGAUGAAGUACCAGAUGAAGAUAAAAAUGUUUUAAAAAAUUAUGAUACUAUAUUAUUCAAGAAUCAAACAGAAAAAUCAAGUAAUACAAAUUUAAAAAUAAAAUUGCAAUCAGGAACCGAAAUGGUAGUAAAGAAGUCUUCCCUAAUCUGGUUAAUCACUGGAAAUAAAAGUAAAUUAAGUUCAGAUCGACUUCUUAGAUUCAAAAAUAAUAAUAAAAAUAAAAGAAAUUACGUUUCUAAAUUAGUAACAGAAGUAACGGAACAAAAAUAUUACGCUGUUUUUUAUGAUGAAGAAUGGUUUAUCGGAAAAAUAAUAAAUUAUGACGGUAGCCAUAAUACUGUAAAAAUGAAAUUUUUAAAGAAGUCUCUUAACGUAUUUGUUUGGCCAAAGAAAGACGAUAUCGAUGAGAAAAUUGAUAUAAAAUAUAUUUUAUUUGGUCCAAUUAAUUUAAUUGGAACUCGCCCCUUUCAAAUUUCCAAUCAAGAUUUAGAGAAAAUACAAAAAUGUUAUAAAGAGUUCAGAAGGCAAUGA